AUUGUUUUUCGUGUGGACUAGACCACUGAAAAUUGACAUAACCCUAAACAGGAAACUAUAAUUUUUUACACUAAGUUAAUUAUUUUAAUAAACGUAAAAUGGUCAGGAAUCGUAGCAGGAGUCAUAACAGGAGUCGUAAUAGGAGUCGUAGCAGGAGUCGACGUCAACAUCAUCAUUCGAGUAGACAUCAGGAGAGCGGCGAGAGACGCAGAUCUCGUACCCGAUCUCGAUCGAGGACUCGUCGGUCAAGAUAUAGUAGAGCUUCUUCCUAUAGCAGCUACGCAAGCCGAGGCUCUAGGCGCAAUCACGACAAAUACAGCCGACACGAUCGCUAUCACGAUUCUGAUGAACGGAAUCAUCGGAGGAGCCGUCAUCGCCGCGAUCUUUCAACCGAGUCGGAUACGUCGUCGUAUACUCCCCCACGUAGCAUCUCGACAGAGAGGGGGGAAAUUCAACAAGAUUCUUCUGCGGCUACUGCCGGUGUAAGCGGUGAUCGCAAUAACCUAAAACAGUCAGGAGACAGCUCGUUAAGCACGGAAGCUGCAAACGCAAGCUCGGCCCUGUCGGUGAAGCACAGUGACUGUAAUGCGGCUGCUACCGGCGAUCAUCAUCAUCAGACUGCUGCUACUGCUGUUGUUGCUGCUGCGGAAAUUAUUGAGCUUGAUGCAGAUGCACUGGAGGUACUGGGCGUCGACCCAUCAAAGCCACAACCAGCGAAAAAUUCGCUCAGAGAAGAGCUUAUAGUAAGAUGGAAAAAUUUAAUCGUAAAUGGACUAGAACAUAAGUUAUCUGAUAGCCUUUUGGAAAAAUAUGAGCCCGUACCAGAGUUAAAAGCUCAAAGGCUUAACGAGGAAUUUCUAUGCUCGUUAAGUGAGAAACACAGGAAACGCGAUUCGUAUUUUGUCAACACUCAAAAUACAGCGGCGUCUGCGUUGUCUGCCAUAGGUAUUGUCAUUUCAUCGCUUCUAUCCGAUACGUCGAUCAAAAAUCGAAAAUCUAUGCUUGAGACAUUAUACGAUGCUGGAAGAAUUGUUUCACAGCUACAUUUCAAUCAAUUGUGCGGAAGGAAAGCUUGUAUUUUUCCAUUGGUAAAGAAAAACUUAAGGCACGUUUUUGAAAAUUUGAAAUCCGAUUCGUAUCUCUUUGGCAAAGACCUUGCUCUGGAGGUUAAAAAAUCAAUGGGAGACGCGAAGAAUUUUCUCUUUAUUAAAGAAAAUGAUUUUAGUCAACAAAAAUUUAAUAAUAAAAAAUUUAAUAGCUUUCGGCCUUCGGUCAAGCGGAAUACCAAUUCGAAAGAAUCCAAGCCAUUUCGAAAGUUUCCGAAUGCAAAGAACAAAUUUUCAAAAACUCCGCAAGCUCCGUAUCGUCAGCAACAAAGACGUUAACAGGAAUUAAAACAGCCGGUCGACUUUCAAAAUUCUUUGAUGAGUGGCAUCACUUUACGAAUGAUCCGUUUGUACU